UGGGGCCCCAGCACAGCCUCCUCAGCCUGUCAGUGACUUGUUGGGCACCUGUGAGCACAGACUGUGGAGAUGAAGGCCCUGCUCCUGAGCUUUGGCCUGAGCCUUGUUGUGGCCCUGCAGGCCCAGGCCUACCCUGCUGUGGAAGAGAGUCAUGAUGUGUCAGGAACGUGGUAUGUGAAAGCUACAGCGUCUGACAAGGAGAUUCCUGACAAGAAGCUUCGCUCUGUGUCUGUGACUCCCAUGACCAUCAAGACCCUGGAAGAGGGCAACCUGGAAGUCAAGUUCACUGUCCUGAUUGCAGGCGAGUGCCGAGAGAUGAGCGUUGUCCUAGAGAAGACAGAUCAACCUGACAAAUACACAGCCUUUGGGGGCACUCAGGUGCUCUACAUCAUACCAUCUGCAGUGGAGGACCACUUCUUCUUCUACUGGGAGAGCAACAAUCCUGAGUUUCAUUUCCGAAUUGCAAAACUCUUGGGUAGAGACCCUGACAUCAACCAGGAGGCCCUGGAAGAUUUUCAGAAUGCUCUAAGAGCUGGAGGCCUCAACGCAGAGAACAUCUUCAUCCCCAUGCAGAGCGAAACCUGCCCUCUAGGAAGCAAUUAGGCAGGGAAGCGUGGGUCCAGGCCUGCCUCAGAGCCUUGCUCCAUCCUGACCAUCUGAGCACAGGACGCAGAAGGAGCUCUCUCACUCCCCCUUCUGGCUUCACCCACCCCUACCCUCUGUCCCUCACUGCCCUGCUUGUCAUUAAAGAAUUUCAUCAUUU